AUAUGUACUUUUUUGACUUCAUAAAAUAUCUCCAUUCUGCAGCUAACUGCAAAUAUUUGCAAAAGGGAAAAAAUAUAAAAUAAAUGUCUCUUAAUGUGGUGUGUUUUGAGUAAACAUAUGCUUGACGUUAGUUGGUUAACCUAAGAAAUAAUGAGGAAUCACUAUGCUUAGAGGAGAAAGGGUAGAGUGGUGGCUGUGAUGUGCAAAAUAAGGAGAGCCAUAAUUUAAGCAAUUCCAUUAAAGAGACUAUAAUUACUGUAGCCUCAGGGUGGUGGCCGGUCACUUUUAAGCCUAAUUGAACUUUUUCUGUAUCAUUAGAAAAAUGGACCAAACUUUGUGUAUGGUGGGAUAAAUACAGUAUUUUCUUCCUACACAUAUUAAAUACCACUGACUUUUAAAGACGUAUACGUCUAACUCUUGAACGCCUUCAUGCACGCCAACACAAUGCAAUAAGCCUUUCCCUGUAUGCAGGCAAACCACUGCAAAUAAAUCCUGGAAUGCCCACAAGUAUUAUUACGCGCUGUAUGCCAGAAACUUUCACGCAAAUUAUCUCAUGUGACCCUCUGAAGAAAUCCUACAGAGGAAUAAGUAUAAAUAAGGAAACGAAGGAUUAGAAGAGUCUAGAGACUUCAUUCUGUAGGCUACAGAGCGGGCGUUUGAACCCGGCGGUUCUGACUCAAGCCCAGGGCAUUUUUCUGGGAUCCCUGAGGUGUUCGCUGUGAACACUGUUGUUCAUUUUACGAGCCUGGAUUUGCAAACACUGUAACCACGCACCGAAUGAUUUACUCCUUGCCUCUGUAGCCUCGCGUCCUCCUUGUGCCUCCUACCUUUUAUUGCCAUUUUAACAUGACCCCAAAGGGUGGACUUGAAGAACGGAGGAGGUUGCAACAGCAAUCGGUUUUGCUACUUGUCACCAGUGCCUCUGAAGUCAAGCCUGCAGCUGACUUGUCAGGAAUGCACACCUUCCUCCUGGCAUCAGCGGCCGAGAGCUGCAAGCUUCGAUCAGAUCCCUCCUUCAGAAACCAGCUCUCUGUGAGCAGACCUUUAGAAUUCGCCCGAGAGAAAGAAUGCCCAGUGGUUCACAGCAUGGCCUUGUGAACACAUUUUGCAUAGUUACCCCCAAGCACACGCACUCCCCUUGCCAAUAUUCUGCGUGUGAUUGCAAAAACUCUCACUGGACUUGAUGGGACAAAUUGGGCAGCUUUCACAGGUGACUUCCUUGUGCAGGCCAGGAUAAAUAUAGAUCAGAGGCACCAGGCCUGGGCCCAGGUUGUCCAGAAAGGCCAGCACAGUGGCCUCUGUACGUUUUGAUAAGCCACUGGAACUUUGUAGAAUCGGAAAUUUUUACAUAAAAAUCAAAUUUCUUACAUUAUAAGGGAAAAAUCAGAUGAUUGGGAAAUGCUGGGCUCAAAUUCCUUUGUUAAAACUGCUUCUAGAGCUAAGUAGCAGCUGCCCCAUUAAGAUGGGGGAUCCAGGUUCCCGGGUUCACCAUAGUCCCUCACUCUCCGUCCUACCCCUGUGUCCCUCACCUGCUUGACUGCUCUCGCAGCUUCCAUGUUUGUAGGCCUGCUCCAUGAGGCACCGUAGUGAAGUGGGAGGAAUCUGGCCUUCGUCCUUGGACAGACUUAGGGCUGGGAACUGGUUCUACCACUUACCUCUUUGUGUGGUCUUGGGCAAGUCACUUGAUCUAAGGAAGCUUCCGUUUCUGCAGCCAAGUGGUUUGCAGAUUGCAAGUGUGUGAGAAAUACCUAACCCAGUACCCAGCGUGCGGUAGAUGCUCCAUACAUGGAAGCCCCUACAAUGGAAACAUCUCACAGAACAUUCUGGGAGAAAGGAUAAGAGUCUACCAAUCAGAGUUUUAAAUAUUCGUAGGUUGUUCACAGGAGGGACCUUAGAGCUGCUACAGAAAACAUCCUAGCUUUAUGGAGAAGGAAUCGAAAGCCAGGAGUUGACAGUCUAGUCCAAGAUUACUCAGUUACUCAAGGCCAACAGGUCCAGAGCCAGUGGCUUUCCACUGAACCACAAAAAGUCUUCGGAGUAUGGUUUUGAGGAUGAAGUAUGUGAAAGUGCAUUUUGCAUUUGAAUUGAAUUAGGCAAUUUCGGUUAGCAUGAAGAUGGUACAGCUGCGUGUGAUCAUCAGCUUUGGAAAGAACGGAGUAUCAUUGACUCAUUCAUUCCUUCAGCAUUGACUGAGUCUCUAGUGUGCACAUUCCUGAGCUGGAAAUCCAGCACUGGGCCUGCUGGAAGGGCCACCGCCUUCGGAGAGCUUCGACCUCACACGGGGAAGCAGAGGAGAAGACAGAUAAGCAGACGAUUUCAGGUGACCAUGGAUGCCGGCAAGGAAAGCAAGAGGCUUUUGUGAGAAGCAGCCAGUCUUGCAAACAGCCAGGCAGAGCGUGGGCAGGUAGGAAGUGCAGGGACCCCGAGGCAGGAAGAUUUAUCUCCUAAGGACCCAGGUGACCUGGGAGAGGUGCCCAGAGGCUAAGGAAGCCAGGAUAAAAGUUUGGAUUUUAUUCUUAGGGUAGUGCAAAGGAUUUUAAGCAGAAGAGUGAUAGAAAAUAUUUAGCUUUUGUUCAAACACUAUUUUACACAGAAGCCCCUUUCAGGGUGGGGUUGGAGAGAAGACUUUUAGCUGAGCCAGUCUCCCCUCCCUCCAACUCUGUGACUGUCCCCAGGGGGUCCUUUGGCUCGCCAGAGCUCCCUAUAGUGCACUGUGGAGACCUCCAAGGCAGGCAGUUUUCAGAAUCCGGAGAAUCUGUGACUUGCCCACCUAGGGUCCCAUGCCCAGUGUCCAGAAACACAAUGCAGUGUUCUUGUCAUUAACCCAAAGGCUGAUUGCUGGUAUUUCUGUUCUUUUUUUUUCGUUUUUUUCCUAAUUCUCAACACUUUUGUUGGCUCUCAUGUAUUCACUCUUGGGUCACUAGAAUGUUCCCUCUCAACCACAAAAAAACUAUAGGUUGGUGCAUAAUGUCUGAAACGGGAUACACGUGUCAGAUGUCCCUGAAUUUGAGUUUUCCAAUGACAUUAUGAUACAGCUAACUUUUGCCUUUUUCUGUGCUCUCAACUCAAAAAAGAAACCAUUCAUUUGUAUUUCAGUCCAACUCAGUUGUUUUCGUUUUGUGGUGGUUGAUUUGAGGUAAGAUGUUGCCAAUGGUAGAAACCGCCAGCUCCCACACGAAGCCCACCCUGAGCUCCCCCUGCUCCUAGCACAGGCCGGGCCUUCAGAUCCUACCCAGCUAAGGUUGGCUGAACAGUGCAGUGUAGACAAUGACAGUCCCACUAGCACCUUUAAUUCUGGGCAUUGUGUACUUUAGGCUUGUGUGUAAAAAUUAUGGAAGUGCUGGAAAGGGCAGGAGAUAGCAUUGAGCGCCUUCAUUUUACAGGUCAGGAAACUGAGCCUCAGAGAAGUGGUGUGAUUUGGGUCAACCUCACAGCUUGCAAGGGCGAGAGCAGGUCUGGGAUCCAGGCUUCUGACUCCUCCGAGUGACCCUUGCACACCAGCACGUGUGCUUUGAGACCAAGUUCUGAGCAUGGUCAGGCAGCGUGGGUGGCACAGGUCAUGCCAUCAGGAAAUCGGGGGCAUAUUCUUGGGUAGCUCUCAAGCAUUUGUGUGUCAUGGUCUCACUCCGCCCCCACCCUCUGUCUUUAUUCUUUAUUCUGUUGUUCUAGAAGUUUCUGCCAGGUGGGUUUUGGGGCCAAUGUGGUCACAGAAUGAAGCAUCCUCACCAUGACCGCAUUGCUUUUCACCAUGAAGCAGUUCGACCAAACGCUGAUGGUGAGACCCUUGGCAAUUUGGGCUUUGCCUCAUGAUGGUAGAGGCGCAAUAAACAAAUUUUGAUGUGAACUUAGUAAAGAUCUGUCUCUUUUUAAUCUGAAACUGCACAAGAACGUUAACUGCCCAGAUGUGUGCUGGUGAACUUUAAAUGGCUCCUGCCCGCUCUGUUCCCUGUUUGACUUGAAUUUUCUUGAACAAGUGGUGUGUGGGUUCAGCCCAUUUGGCCGAGUGAGAGGUAUGGGAAAGAGGUACAUUUGCACCCUCCUUUUUGGUGUCCACAUCCGGAUUUACCUAAACCCCACCCAGGUUGCAUUUGCGUAGCAAUGAAAAACCAGUAUUUUCGAUCCAUGAAUCACACUAUAAAUCCUGGGCCUCUGUCUGUCAGGGGUGCGUCAGGCCAACUCGCAAGAAGGAUGGGCACAGUUGAAGGCGAGCUACGUGCAGAUGGGGAAUGUCCUGCUGCCUGGGGGCCCGGCAGGUGACUGCUGAUGUCCACUUGUGGAUCUGGACAUGGAGCCAUCUGUGUGUCCUCCUGUAGAAAGGCCGAGAAAGGACGGCAGCUUCCUGAGUUUCUGCUGUCGGGGACCUUGCAGUGCCGCAGACAAGAGUAAGACAAGAAGCCCCAAACUGUCUCACAGUCCCCAACCUCCCAAUUUGGGCGACACGGUCGAGCAUUUAUCAGAGGCGUCUGUUGAUUCCUUGGAAGCCAUGUCUGAGGGAGACGCUCCAAGUCCUUUUUCCAGAGGCAGCCGGACUCGAGCCAGCCUUCCGGUGGUGAGGUCGACCAACCAGACGAAAGAAAGAUCUCUAGGGGUUCUCUAUCUCCAGUAUGGAGAUGAAACCAAGCAGCUCAGGAUGCCGAAUGAAAUCACAAGUGCAGACACAAUCCGUGCUCUCUUUGUAAGUGCCUUUCCACAGCAGCUCACCAUGAAAAUGCUGGAGUCGCCCAGUGUUGCCAUUUACAUCAAAGAUGAAAGCAGGAAUGUCUAUUAUGAAUUAAAUGAUGUAAGGAACAUUCAGGAUAGAUCGCUCCUCAAAGUGUACAACAAGGAUCCCGCACAUGCAUUCAAUCACGCACCGAAAACUAUGAAUGGAGACAUGAGGAUGCAGAGAGAAAUUGUUUAUGCAAGAGGAGAUGGCCCUGGUGUCUCUCGACCUGGAUCCACAGCUCAUCCACCCCAUGCCAUCCCAAAUUCUCCACCGUCCACUCCUGUGCCCCAUUCCAUGCCUCCUUCCCCAUCCAGAAUUCCUUAUGGGGGCUCACGCCCAAUGGUUGUUCCUGGCAAUGCCACCAUCCCCAGGGACAGACUCUCCAGCCUGCCAGUCUCCAGAUCCAUCUCACCCAGCCCAAGCGCCAUUUUGGAAAGAAGAGAUGUAAAGCCAGAUGAAGACAUGAGCGGCAAGAACAUUGCAAUGUACCGAAAUGAGGGCUUCUACCCUGAACCUUACCUUUAUCAUGAGGGGCGGAUGAGCAUCGCCUCUUCCCACGGCGGGCACCCGCUGGAUGUCCCUGAUCACAUCAUCGCAUAUCACCGCACAGCUAUUCGGUCAGCGAGUGCGUACUGCAACCCUACCUUGCAAGCAGAAAUGCAGAUGGAGCAGUCACUGUACAGACAGAAAUCAAGGAAAUAUCCAGAUAGCCACUUGCCUACUCUGGGCUCCAAAACGCCCCCAUCCUCUCCCCACCGAGUCAGUGACCUGAGGAUGGUAGAUAUGCAUGCUCACCAUAACGCCCAUGGGCCCCCUCUCACCAUGCAGCCAGACCGGGUCUCGCCAAGCCGCCAGGCCUUCAAGAAGGAGCCAGGCACCUUGGUGUAUAUUGAAAAGCCACGGACCACCCCGGGAUUAUCUGGCAUUGUGGACCUCGGCCCUCCUCUCGUUGAGAAGCAGGUGUUUGCUUACAGCACCGCCACAAUCCCCAAAGACAGAGAGACCAGAGAGAGGAUGCAAGCCAUGGAGAAACAGAUUGCCAGUUUAACUGGCCUUGUUCAGUCUGCGCUUUUUAAAGGGCCCAUUACAAGUAAUAGCAAAGAUGCGUCUAGCGAGAAAAUGAUGAAAACUGCAGCCAGUAAGAACCACACAGAUAGUGCAGGAACCCCCCAUGUUCCUGGUGGGAAACCUCUCAGCGCCCUGGAGUCCACGGGACCCCCCAGCCAGCCCCUACCUGCUGGCGCCUCGGCCAUCCACAUGAGCCUGCUGGACAUGAGACGCAGUGUGGCCGAACUCAGGCUCCAACUCCAGCAGAUGCGACAGCUCCAGCUGCAAAACCAGGAGCUGCUGAGGGCGAUGAUGAAGAAGGCUGAGCUGGAAAUCAGUGGCAAAGUGAUAGAAACGAUGAAGAGACUGGAGGAUCCUGUGCAACGACAGCGCGUCCUGGUGGAGCAAGAGAGACAAAAAUACCUGCGCGAAGAGGAGAAGAUCGUCAAGAAGCUAUGUGAGCUGGAAGACUUCGUUGAAGAUUUGAAGAAGGACUCCGCAUCGGCUGGCCGAGUGGUUACUCUAAAAGACGUGGAAGAUGGGGCUUUUCUCCUGCGACAAGUGGGAGAAGCUGUCGCUACCCUGAAAGGAGAAUUUCCAACCUUACAAAACAAGAUGCGGGCCAUCCUGCGCAUAGAAGUGGAGGCCGUGCGGUUUCUGAAGGAAGAGCCACACCGGCUGGACAGUCUCCUGCAGAGAGUGCGGGGCAUGACCGACACCCUGACCAUGCUGCGGAGACACGUCACCGAUGGGCUCUUGAAAGGUACAGAUGCAGCCCAGGCUGCACAGUAUGUCGCUAUGGAAAAGGCCACCGCCGCAGAAGUCCUGAAGAACCAAGAGGAGGCACUCCACACCUCAGGCCAGCCCCUCCACGGCGCAGGAGUCCCAGGCGACAUGAAGUCAGAGGUGAUGCCCUUGACAGUUCACCAUGCACAGAGCUCUCCCGUGGUCAUCCAGACCUGCCAGCUCUCCUCGGCCCUGCUGAACCCUGCCCAGCACUUGCCUGGGGGCACUGGCCCUUACCUGGCCAGCUCUCCAGCUGUCACACAGGAGGGGACCUCUGCUCUGCAGUCGGCACAGGCUCCUCAGUCCCCACAGACGCCCGUGAAUGGUUCCACCAUGCAGAGCUUGUUCAUUGAGGAAAUCCACAGUGUGAGCGCCAAGAACAGGGCGGUGUCUAUUGAGAAAGCAGAAAGGAAAUGGGAAGAGAAAAGGCAAAAUCUGGACCACUAUAAUGGGAAAGAGUUUGAGAAGCUCCUGGAAGAAGCUCAGGCCAAUAUCAUGAAGUCAAUUCCAAACCUGGAGAUGCCACCAGCCUCAGGCCCACAGCCAAAGGGCGAUGCUCCAGUGGAUAAGCUCGGUCUUUCAGAAGACUCUUCAAAUUCAGAACAGGACUUGGACAAGCAGGGGGGUAAGUCCCCACCUCCUCCUCCCCCACCCCCACGGCGGAGCUACCUGCCAGGAUCGGGGCUCACCACCACCAGGUCCGGCGAUGUGGUCUACACCAGCAGGAAGGAGAACAUCACCACUAAGGCAAGCAGUGAAGAUGCUGGACCAAGCCCGCAGCCUAGAGCCACAAAAUGUCCAGCAGAGGAGCCUGCUUCAGCCUGGACCCCAUCUCCACCACCAGUCACUACGUCCUCCUCAAAGGAUGAGGAGGAAGAAGAAGAAGGAGAUAAAAUAAUGGCAGAACUCCAGGCAUUCCAGAAGUGUUCCUUUAUGGAUGUAAAUUCAAACAGUCAUGCUGAACAGUCCCGGGCUGACAGUCACGUUAAAGACACUAGGCCGGGGGCCACAGUCUCACCCAAGGAGAAGAAGGGCAUUUUUGGAAGUUGGAGAACAAAGCAGCCCAAGAAUUUGGAAUUUUUCCAUGAAGACGUACGGAAAUCUGAUGUUGAAUAUGAAAAUGGCCCCCAAAUGGAAUUGCGAAAGGUUACGACAGGGGCUCUAACACCUAGUGACCAUCCUAAGUGGGAAAGAGGAGUGGAGAAUAGUAUUUCUGAGGCAUCAAGAACAUCCGAAUAUAAAACCGACAUCUUAAUGAAGGAAAAUUCCAUAUCUAAUAAGAGUUUACUUAGAGACAGUAGAAACUACUCCCAGAAAAGUAUGUCUAAGGUCAAUUCCAGUUUCCCUGGCAUUAGUUCAUCAGAAGGUGAACUAAACAAAGGGCCUAAAGUCUCGGGACCGCAGCCCCCUGUAUCUGACACUGAGAUUCAGAAGAUGAAUUAUGGAAAGACAAAGGAGAUGACUCAACAAGGACAGGAAAACACAGAUAAAUGUCACCUUCCGUCUCCCGCUAGAUCAACUGAACUGAGUAUCCGUGACGUCAAAACUCAAGAUCAAGAGGUUCCCAUGACAGAGUUUGGCCAAGUUGUUCUAAGACCCAAGGGGGCUAGGCAUGCUAAUGUGAACCCUAAUGAGGACGGAGCAUCAAUGCCAAGUUCUCCCACUGAUGAAAAUGCAACCACUGACAACAUUGCUUUCAUGAUCACCAAAACCGAGGUCCAGGUCCUGUCCAGCGGAGAGGUCCGAGAUAUAGUGAGCCAAAAGGGAGAAGAUGUACAGACAGUUAACAUUGAUGCCAAAAAAGAGACGGCUUCUCAACAAGAAGGAAGUGAAAAUGAAGAGCCUGUCGUGUGCCUGGACAAGAAACCAGUGAUCAUCAUUUUUGACGAACCCAUGGACAUCCGAUCCGCAUAUAAGAGACUUUCAACCAUAUUUGAGGAAUGCGAUGAGGAAUUAGAGAGGAUGAUGACAGAGGAAAAGAUAGAGGAGGAGGAAGAGGAGGAAACUGGAGGAGACCCUCUAGCCCAGAAUAACACUUCCCAAAAGUUUCAGAAGAAGGUUGCCACUGGCAGCCUCGGAUCAGGACAGCAGGCUGAGAGCAGCUUACAGCCACGCUUCCUUUCAGCAGAGACCAAAAUACCAGGAGGACAGGAAAUGAAUGGUCCUGAGCCGAUCAAGUUCACUCAAACAGAUUCUCCAAGUUCAGAAAGCAAGUGUGACGUGACCGAUGACCAAUUUGAAAGCCCCAAGAAAAAGUUUAAAUUCAAGUUCCCUAAAAAGCAACUCGCCGCUCUCACUCAGGCAAUUCGCACAGGAACCAAAACGGGGAAGAAGACCCUGCAGGUGGUGGUCUACGAGGAGGAGGAAGAGGACGGCGCUGUGAAGCAGCACAAAGAAGCCAAGCGAUUCGAAAUUACUAGAUCUCAACCCGAAGACGCGCCGAGAAAUAUGCUCAGGAGACAAGAGCAGCCCAGUCUAGACAGCACCUCUCCCAUCUCAAGAACGGAUGAAAUUAGAAAAAAUACCUACAGAACGUUGGACAGCCUGGAGCAGACCAUCAAACAGCUUGAAAACACGAUCAGUGAAAUGAGUCCCAAAGCCCUAGGUGACACCUCAUGUUCUUCCAACAGAGAUGCUUUUGCAAGCUCAUCCCACAUAGCCCAAGAGGCCUCUCCCCGAGCCUUGCUAGUUCUGGAUGAAGCUCCCUCUGCCCUAGAGCCCCCCUCGUCCAUACCUUCAGCUUCACGUAAGGGCUCCAGUGGGACCCCGCAGACGAGCAGGAUGCCAGUCCCCAUGAGUUCCAAGAAUAGACCCGGAAGCCUGGACAAACCCGGCAAGCAGUCCAAAUUGCAGGAUCCCCGCCAAUAUCGUCAGGCUAAUGGAAGUGCUAAGAAAGCUGGUGGGGACUGUAAGCCUACUUUCCCCUCCUUACCUGCUUCUAAGAUUCCAGCCCUUUCUCCCAGCUCUGGGAAAAGCAGUUCUCUGCCCCCUUCUAGUGGUGACAGCUCUAACCUCCCUAACCCUCCUGCUACUAAACCAUCGGUUCCUUCUAACCCUCUCAGCCCCCAAACAGGACGACCUGCUCCCUCUGCCUCCCUCAUCCCCUCUGUCUCUAAUGGCUCCUUAAAGUUUCAGAGCCCCACUCAUACAGGUAAAGGUCACCAUCUUUCAUUCUCACUGCAGACUCAAAAUGGCCGAGCCGCCCCUUCCUCCUCCUCCGCCCCCCCCUCCCCCGCCUCCCCCACCUCACUGAAUCAAGGUGCCAAGAGCAUCAGGACCAUCCAUACUCCUAGCCUCACCAGCUACAAGGCACAGAAUGGAAGUUCAAGCAAAGCCACCCCAUCCACAGCAAAGGAAACCUCUUAAAGGCCAAUUCUAUUAGGCACAAGUUGGAGUUACAUUUAAAAAAGAAUUUUUUUUAACAGUCUUCAACAACUGUUUUCACAAGAGAAUGUAACAUAUUGCUGUACUGUUUGAGGCUUUAAUGCUAAGUAUGUGCUAAAUCCUGGAUUAAUAGAUUUCAGUACCGCUUGUUUGUUUCUUUACUUUGUUGCUGUUGUAAUAACAUAGUGUUUACAGUCUAUAUUCAAUACCUGUUAAAUGAAGUAAGCAUGUGUUACGAAGAGAGUGUGGCAGGAAAGAAUGCGUGUGUGAGACAGGAAGAAAAUGUAUUAAGCAUGUAAAACAUGUAUGAUUCCAGAAUUUUAGUAUGUUUUGUAUAAAAAUAUUUUUCAUUACGGAGACUCGAAGUGAACAGAGAAAUACACAAGUGUGACUAUACAAAUUGUAAAACAGAUACUAUAAUAUUUCCUUUUAUUUUAGUGUUAUUUAGCUUUAUUACAGAUUUCUAUUUUUGUCAAAAACUUCAUGGUUCCUUUCAAGAUCUUUUUUGCCAAAACAUUUUGAUACUAUAGCAUUGUACAUUUGAAAGUAGUAUGCUAGAGAAUAAGCCAAUGAACUUCUAUACAGGCCAACCAGAGGCGUAUGUAGAAGGCAAUUUGACAAACCUAUUGCACUGCCAUGAAAAUGAUGUAUAAUAAUUUGCCAGCCCAAGCAAGAUAGUUUUCUUUGUUUUUCUUUCUUUCUUCGUUGUUUAACAUAUUAGGAUUCUCUAGUUGUUUUCCUUGCAGUAUCUAACCCCUUCCUUUUUUUUCUGAGACCUGGUACCCACACUAUGGCAUUGUGGAUUUUAAAAUGUACACUUCUGUACGGUUCUGUAAACUGAUCAACUUUUGUAAAUAUAUAAAUAGACAUAAAAAUACUGUAUGUGACAGCACAUAGAGUAGUUUUCCCACACCAAAGUUAAUUUUUAUGCAUGCUUUAAAAAUAUAUAUUGGGAUGGGCAGAAAUGGGACUCUCCAUACAUUUUUAAAAAGCAACAAGUUUGCACAGCUAGAGUGUUUUGUAAAUAAAUGUAUUUGUAUAACACAGUCAUGUAAUAUACAGAACUAUAAGCAGAGACUUUGCAAAACUAAAUAAAGGGCUGCAUGCUUAUUAUUUUUUGUA